CAGGGUGGAAAUGUCACACCAGGCUGGGGGCACGAAAUUAUAUUUAAAUUAAUUUAAAAAUUUAGCACGGACUUGGAGUGGAUUGUGAGUGUUUCGAACGGAAAUGAUUCAAAAGAAAAGAUUUCGAUCACGCUGUUGAUUAUGAUAUGACUGAGUUGGUAACGCUGUUUGUAAUUUAAAUUUGGGCGCUAAAUGUCAAAAUGGGUAAAUCCUUGUGACUCAAAAAAUGAAAAAUGACCCUCAUAAUCAUGAAAAGACUUUUCCUAUAAGACGAAGACAUGGGGAAGGUUCAAGUUCGUCACUGGAAUCUUCAGAUAUUGAAGGAACUUUCAUUCCCCUAACACAGGCUGACUCUAGAUGGGAAAGUUUAAAUUUUCUCAAUGGGAAUUUUAGAGAAGAGGAGCAAGAAGAUGUCGUAAAAAUCACAGACUUGCAAACUGAGGAAAAACCUCCUUUAUUUUUGUUGUUUCCGGACUUGGGUAAUAAAGAUAAGGAACGUCUAGCAAGAGAAACUUCAACAACUCAGAUUACACAAAUUUUAGUCGGUAAAAGAGCAGAUUUUAGUCUCCUAAAACCUUCGAAAAAAUUAGAUCCGGAACAGAGUAAAUUACCUCCAAUACACGAAGGGCCACAUGAAAGUAGUGACAGUGAAGGAUCAAUUAAAUAAAACACCUAUCGGUUUGUUAAUUUAAUUUGGUAGUAAAAUUUACAUUUAUUUAUA